UUCUUCUGAAAAUCUGAAUGAUGAUUUUCUUUACAGUCCUCUAUCGUCGUCUGUACAAACAAGUGUCGUUGAAACUUGAAAGUUAUUUUUUGUUUUUCACCCAUCAUUCGCCUCUCGUUUCCAAUAUGCAAAUCAAGCUAACAUUUUCCUUCACGCUGGUGAUUCUGGUUUUGAUUCGGCCAUUAACGGGAUCUGGCAUCAACGUGACUAGUUUAGGCUCAACAUUACUGGAACGGAAUGUAAUCGGGAAUGCAUCUGCAAUGAACAUUAAGUGGGAUUACGAUGAGUCACUCAAGUGGCCGAUUCGUAUCGCACCUUGCGGAGGUGAACACCAGUCGCCCAUCAACAUCGAACCGACCAAAGCCAUCAACACUGAUUAUCCCCGGCUGUCGUUUGUCCACUACGACAAAGUCUUUCCUGAGACCGUCACCAAUAAUGGACACACAGUGACGCUACAAAUUCACAAAGACGACGGAGAUGACCGUGAUCUGCCUUACAUUAAAGACGGAGGGCUGUCGGAUCGAUACAUUUUCUACCAACUUCAUUUCCACUGGGGUAGCAACAACAGAAUCGGAAGCGAACACCGCAUAGCCAACAAAAGAUAUCCGGCCGAACUGCACAUGGUCCAUUACAAUUCGAAAUACGGAACUUUUAGCGAAGCUCUGUCUCACGAGGAUGGAUUGGCUGUAUUUGGGAUUAUGAUUGAGUUGCAACCGAGAGACAACAUUGCAUUCCGCCAUCUGGAACAAUUUGAUAACAUCAUCGAUCCCAGUAUCGCAAAAAGCGAUGCAUUGCGAUAUUCUGUCCCACUGUCGGAUCUUCUUCCUGAUAAUACCGACAGUUUCUUCCGAUACAACGGAUCGUUGACUACUGGAGACUAUAACGAAGACGUCAUCUGGACAAUUUUUGAUACUCCGAUUGCUAUUUCUGAACGACAAUUGGCAAAGUUCAGACGGCUACGUGAUGAACACGGAAACGAAUUGAUAGAAAAUGUCCGGUCAACUCAGCUUCUGCACGAUCGAGUUGUUAUGUACCGUCCACAGUCAAAUCCUUCAAGUCCAUUACUUUCAUUACCAGAUCUUAUCUCAGCGAUAGAAUUUCCACUUGAGUAAACAACAAUUUUGUUCUUUUGCGCACAGACAUUUUAAAAAUUGCUUUAAAGCCUUGAUCUUGUUAAUCACGUCCUAUAACCAAUACUACGCUAGCUGAUCGUUUAACUUCUUACUAAUCUACUAAAUUAUAUUGUCGUCUUAACUGACAUCGUACAUUUUCCUCGCUCAAACAAAAUUGGGCUACUCUGACGUUGUAUGCCGCUCUCCACACUCAGCAACCUCCGGUAACUGCUAUGAUCAGCAAACCCUCUCUUUUUUAUUAUUUUAUCUCGUUAAUUCUGUCUUCUAUCUGAAAAUAGGUAAUAAAUAUUUUUCAAAAACCUAA